AUGUCAGCAGAUCUUUUCGCGGCGUUCGGCAAUCCAAAAACUCUCGAUAACUCGGUGAAAGUAUCGUCAAAUUCGAAUAGCGGGUCAUCGAGUUCUGGGAAUCGCCCCAAAACAUGGAACUCAGUAGUUGAUGCUGCUGGUAACUCUACGCUCAUUGACUUCUCUUCUGAGCCGCGCCCAUCACCUUUCUCUCAGGCUAUACAAGAUACGAGUGUAUCUGGAGCCGGAUCGAAUGAAGUUCUGUUUGAUGCAUCGACUGAAAUUGCAUCUAAUGAAGCCACUGAAGAUGAAUGGGGGGAAUUCGAGUCUGCAAAGUCUGAGUUCAUAAACGACGAGCCCGUCCAACGUUUUGAGGAUAGCAUUAAGCCGACUGAAUUCGUAAUCCACCAUGGUGCUCAGGAUAAGCUGAGUAUUCCAGCUUCGAAACCACGCCAAAUGCCCCUAUUGGAUCUUUUAUCCACUGAAGACUCGAGUCCUCCGCCACAAAUCCCGCACCGAGCCCCGUUAGCCUUGGAUUGCAAUGUCCAUGAUAGAUAUCCUAUCAAACAGGAGCAAGGAGACUCCGAGCCUACUACAGCAUGGCCAGAUUUUGGAGAAGAGGAUGAGUGGGGGGAGUUCACUGAUGGCAUUGACGCUGAAAGCAAGCAAGGAGACCUUCCAAGAAUGUUAGAAACUGCCACUCUACCAAUGCAACAAGUACAGUCGCCGUCAGCACCGCGAUCCGGUGUACCAAAGACAAAAGCGAGCGUUCCAUUUCGAACUGUUGCACGUUCUCCCAAAACGGUGAGGCCUACGAAUAUUCCCCCUCCUUCUAUUCUUCUCCGGCUAUUCCCGUCUUUAUUAGAGAAACUACGAGUAAAAGCGAGAAACUACACGAUUCAGGCCAAAAGAAAGGCCGGGCCUCUGCCUGACACUGGCCCAGCCGAAGAGAUCACAUAUAGCUUGAAAGUUAUGGUACACAUAAUAGCAGGACGCAGUUUACGCUGGAAGCGAGACUCGAUCCUCAGCCAAAGUAUCAGGAUAGGACCUGCGUCAGGGAGGCCUGGAGGAAUGAAAUUGAGCAGCGUUAACAAAAGCGAAAAUGUGAAAGAGGAAAAAGAAGCUGUCGAAGUCCUUGACAUAUGGAAGAAAUGCAAUGGGCUCUUAAACUCUGCAGCCUCAGCGGGAGGAAAAUCACCAGUUCAAUUCGUAGCUGGUAAUCUUCAAGUGAGAACAGCCACUACUCAGGAGGGUGCAUUGAAAGCGCCGCAUGCAUGUGCACUCUGCGGACUGCGACGGGAAGAAAGGGUUUCCAAAAUCGACGAGAACGUCGAUGAUAUUUUCGAGGAAUGGUGGACCGAGCACUGGGGCCACUCUGAUUGCAAACGCUUUUGGGAAGCUAAUUCGAUGAAUUUGGAUCAACGUUGA